CAGAAUCACAUCCCAUCCCAACCAUUGCCAAUCUAUGAUGACGAUCCCAUGCAAUUCGUUCGACUACGCAAUGCUCAAUGGCGUAUCAACGAUUCCAACAAGUGGAAGCGGUUAAGCCAUCUCCAAGGCACUAUCAAAAGAAACUACUCCUCGUACGAGUACCACGGACAGCUCACUGAUACCCAACGACUCAGUACAUCGGUGGUAUCCCCUCAUCUCGAGUUCUUGGCGGGACUGAACGUAAGUCGAGAAGUUCCCGCUCUAAUGAUGUUCGCUCAAGCCAAGAUGAAUAAAAAGCUUGGAACCGCAAAAGUGGUCAAGACGUACUCUGCUUCAAGUGGUAGCAGCUCUAAAAAAGAUUGUAGGCGCAAAGUUGAGCAACAGACGAAGAAAAGCAGUACGAAAAGUGCUAGUAUAGUUUGCGCACCUCGUAUCGCUGAGGCCGACAUCAAAAGGCUUCAGCCACAGUACCCCAUAUUGCCUGAGAGCGAUUGUAGCUGUGACAGACAGCCUUGCCCGUUUGACAAUAUCAUAGACAGAACCAUGGAUUUAGAGUAUCUACGGCAGAAGUUGGGUGUCAAACACGAAGGUUUGACACAAGAUUGCAGCAACUUUGGACAACGUAUAAAUAAAAAACAAGCUCUCCAGCAACUUAUCAAAGCCGGAUCUAGUAAUUCGUGCUGCAACAAAGACAGUAGCAGAAGCAGAGUUGAUAAAUGUGGCGCUAGUGGUGACGACGAUGAUUGCAACAAGCCAAAGAAGAGUUGUGAAAUAAUCAAAACUGUGGAAAAAGAAUGCGAGGCUCGUGAAGACCGAGGUCAGUGCGUCAUAACUAAAGAAGAAAGGGUUUUGAGCAAAGAGGAAAAGCGAUAUAUAAAAGCAAAGGAAGAUCCAUGCGAAAAAAAGGUGUACGUGUGCGCUCAAGAAGAAACAGAAAGUUGCGAAGUCGUCCAGGACCCCUGUGAGAAGGAACCCGUAGGUAAAGAGUCAUGGUGGCAAAGGCUAAUCGACUUUUUCAAGGCCAGGCCAGGUUGUCCCCCACCAGAAGAAUGGAAGAGAAAAGCUCUGCGUGAAAAAGCAGAAAAAGCAGCAAAAGCAGCUGGACUCAUAGUAUGUGAUCCCAAAGACCUGCCUGCAGACAUCGUCUGCAAGUGCAAAAGCCUUCCGAAUGUUAUAACUCCAACAGUCGAGAAGGAGGAUGAGUGUGAUACAUUUGAGGAGAAGGACCCAUGUCAAAGUUCUGCGAAGAUGUCCGGCAGUCAUAAAAGAUGUGGCACAACUGUUACAUCCAUAACAAGCAAGAGAUGUUUCUCUAGCAAGGCCAACAGCAAAGCACUGGAAGAGAUCAACAAGUCGUUGGAGGAAGCAGAAAAGAGAGAACUGGCUAAGAAGAUUGUGCAGUCUGUAAAUCAGAUGCUGACUGGGAGUGAUGUCGAGGAAGUGGGUGAUGAAAAUUUCGAAUCAGCAGAAGGCGCUAUCAGCGAUAACGUCUCUACCGGGAACAAUAAAUCCAAUAUGUUCAACAGCAGCCAAAAGAUGAACCAAGAGCCUGCUAAUUUGACAUGUAGAACGUAUUUGACACGUAUAAGGUCUACCCCGCACUUCUUGGACGUCAUGUUCCAUGACAAGGCUGACGACGAGUUCUCCGGCUAUCAACGGGCAAGAGCUUUUGUUGCCUUUCAGGAGUAUUUCAGCAAAAUCGACACCGUUACAGAGAUCAACUACGACGAUAUCGAAAAAGCAAAAACGAAAAAAAUAUUGAGUGAACUUGAUAAGCUCUUGGAGGAUACUAAGAAGAAAUCCAACAAGAAUGGUUGAGCGAGCUCAUAGAAGAACGUGGAGUUUGGUUUUUUGUGGAUUUAAAAAAUUGUCGUUUAGUCACAACUAUAUUAUGAUGUCCAAAAUUUAUACAGUUUAUGCUUGACAAAAUUCUGUAAACUGUA